AUGUGCGAUCUCAUGUGGAGGCAAAUGAUAGAACGAAAUCCUGAAAUGUUUAAAUUCAUCACGUGGACUCCCUGCGUCGAGACGGAAGCGGCGCCAGAAAAAGGAAAAAUCGAUACGAGCAUGGAAAACUUCACGGAAACAAAGAAGUUCACUCAUUGGAUUACGCUGUACGUGCUGAGAGAAGUGUACGAAGCGAUGGCCUGCGUUGUGGCAGAAUGCAUCCACGUGUCUAGCAUGAAUCUCUUUGCUUCCAACUUGGGGAAAUUCAUGCAGCUGGAAGAAUUUGAGGAUAUCCAAACCUUGGCCAUUACAACCGUCAUCAAGUAUCUGAGAGAGCCGUGGCUGGAAAAAAUAUCGCAAUCCGUGAGAUUGUGUUUAAGGGACGUUGGGAAGGGUUGGUUCAAUCUUGAACAAAAAGUUCACGGUGUCUAUGACAUGAUGAAGUUAAACCGUUUCAUGAAUCUUGGCACUCUGCGUAUGCAGCAUGCACUUCGGAUUCUCGUGGAGAAUUCUAUCCUGUCGUACAGGGAGAGUCUAGAGAGUCCUGCAUUGUGUGUGUUAGACGUAGACGAAUCCUUCGAGUGGGGGAAGAAUCUCGUCGAAAGUCAAUUUCAAUCUAGGUUCAAGCCUAUCUUCGCGAUAGAGAUUCAAAUGAACGAUCGCGAGGUAUUCUAUUCAACGAAUCCCAACGAAUUCGUAGAAACGAUUAUAUCGUUGUACGACAACGCGCUCACCAUGUGCCAUCAAGUUCGUCAAGUGCAUCCCUUCCUACUUCUCGAGCUCAAGUUCCCAGUCGAUCUUUUCUUGAGCUCCGUUGGUUUGCUCGAGGAGCACGUUUGCGACGUUCGCGACAGCUUGAAGUUGGCUUAUCAAAAGUCCGCCAUACCAUUGAGAGCCUAUGCGAGGAAAUAUCAUAAAUUUCUGGAUCUCUUCAAUCUCGACAUUACCAAUUACAUCGACAUUGUAUUAAAUUCUAUUAUACUGCGCAGCGAGUUCAAGAAAGAGGAAGAUCUCACAACGGCGGACAUAAAGGAAGCGAUAGCGACGCAGAUCUCGUUAAAACAUAAUAUUGAGGUUACUAUACCUAAAAGCAUCAUCAUCGGUCCAUUCUACGUGAACGUACGACCCUUGAGGCACGUUCUCACUCAGAAACGCCACGAUUGUUCUACGGGGUUGCUCGCGAUGCUCACAGAAAGGUUACGCACAGAGAUUGAUAAAAUUCUGGAUGACUAUAGAGAAAUCAGGAUUAAAUUGAACGAGGUGCCGCAGAGUAUCGAGCACAUAUUCGAGAUGCGCGAGUGGAUGGAGACCAUACCGCUUCGGGUGCAGGAUCUGGAGGGCAGAAUGGACACGUUGAAGUUCGACUUCGACGUUCUGGAUAGCUUCUGGUGGAACUUGUCGGACGAGGACUUCGAGGCGAAAUGGGAGGCUAUUGGAUCUCCUCUACAGAUACAAUUGCAGAUCAAGGAAACUAACGAACGAUUCGUCGAGGAACAGGAGAAGUUCUACAAAAUUCAAGUGCAGGACGAGGUCCUCCUUCUCGAGAGGAUAGACACUCUGGUGGGCAACGUUCAGAACAUUGCUCUUCAAUCGGACAUCAACAGGGUGCACGAGACAGCGCUCGACGUUAAGCGCGUUUGGAAAGCGAUGAUGGAUUGUCGCGAGACGGGACUGCUGCUCAACCAACGACAAAAGUUGUUCGGAAUGAAAGUCGUCCCCUUUGAGCAUUUGCACAAACUAAUAAGGGAAUUCGAGUCGUACAGGAGUUUAUGGGUCACCGCUUCAGACUGGCUCAGAUGGCACGAGGUGUGGAUGGACAAUCCUCUGAUCCACGUCGACGGCAGUCAGGUAGACUCCCUCGUUAUCGAUAUGUACCGAAUAAUCACUCGAUCUAUCAGGACGUUCCAGGAACAGCCACAGGUGCAAGCGAUAGCAACAACCAUAAAGGACCAAAUCGACGAAUUUAAACCUUAUAUCCCUCUGAUACAAGCCCUUCGAGAACCAGGAAUGAAGGACCGUCACUUCGAACAACUGAGCGCCCAAACGGGGAUACAAAUGACACUUACGCCGAUCAUAACAUUCAAAAAUCUCUUGGUACUCGGUAUUCACGAGUUCGAGGAAUUGGUGAAGACUGUCGCUGACACUGCAGCGAAGGAGUACGCCACAGAACGUACCUUGAACAAAAUGAUCGCCGAGUGGGAAUCGAUCAUAAUGGAAAUUCUUCCUUAUAAGACUACUGGCACGUACAUAAUUAAGAUUGCAGAGGAGACGAUGAUGCUUCUCGACAAUCACAUUCUCGGAGUGCAGCAGCUUAGUUUCAGUCCGCUGAAGACCGCUUUCGAGGACGAAAUCAACGAAUGGGAGACCAAGCUGAAGCUGACGCAGGAAGUGCUUCUUCUCUGGCUGAGCGUUCAGAGGGAUUGGCUGUACUUGGAACCAAUAUUUACUUCGGAGGAUAUCACCACGCAGCUGCCAGCGGAAGCGAGGAGGUACAAUGCCAUGGAACGAAACUGGAGACGAAUUAUGAAGAAUGCUCACGAGAAUCCUUACAUCAUCAAGAUCUGUCCUGAUAAGAAUCUUCUGGAGAGCCUGCAGGAGUGCCACAGCCUCCUGGAAGUGGUGCAGAAGGGAUUGUCCAACUACUUGGAAAUAAAACGAAGAGUCUUCCCGCGGUUCUAUUUCCUCAGCGACGAGGAGCUCCUCGAGAUCCUGGCUCAGGCGAAGAACGUUCACGCGGUGCAACCUCAUCUGAGGAAGUGUUUCGAGGCGAUACAGGAGGUCAGGUUCGAGAGCGACUUGGAGAUAACGAGAAUGUACUCAGCAGAGGGCGAGGAGGUGAUCUUCCGGCCGUCCAUGUACCCCUUGAGAAGCGUCGAGUAUUGGCUCGGUGACUUGGAGAAGGUGAUGCGUAAUACCAUCAGGGAAAUCAUUCGAGAUGCUCUGAGUGUCAUCGAUUCGACCCCGAGGAAGAAAUGGGUCUACAUGUGGCCAGGACAAGUGACUCUUUGCUGUGGUCAGACUUAUUGGACCGCCCACGUUGAAAAUGGAAUUCUACAAAACAGACUCAACGACUAUUAUCAAGAGCUGCUGGGACAGCUUAACGAUCUACGGGAACUGGUACGCGGCCCUCAAACAGAAAUUCAGAGGUUAAUGCUGGAAGCCGUGAUUACUAUCGAAGUACACGCCAGGGACGUUCUGCACACGUUGGUUGUACAGAACGUAUCGAACGUCAACGACUUCGAUUGGAUAUCGCAGCUACGAUACUACUGGGUGAACGACAGCGAGCUGAAAGUGCGAGCGGUGAACGCCGAAUUUCCAUAUGGAUACGAGUACCUGGGGAACACUGGCAGACUCGUCAUCACCCCCCUAACCGAUAGAUGCUAUCUGACCCUCACUGGAGCUCUGCAUUUGAAGUUUGGCGGCGCGCCAGCUGGCCCAGCUGGAACUGGAAAAACAGAAACAGUAAAGGACCUCGCUAAAGCAUUCGCUAUUCAGUGCGUGGUUUUCAAUUGCUCGGAUCAAUUGGACUUCAUGUCGAUGGGGAAGUUCUUUAAGGGCCUCGCAAGUGCAGGUGCAUGGGCGUGCUUCGACGAAUUCAAUAGAAUCGAUAUCGAAGUAUUGUCCGUAAUAGCUCAGCAAAUCAUGACGAUUCAACAGGCGCAGCAAAUGCGUGUCGAUACAUUUGUGUUCGAAGGAGAAGAAAUAGUCUUGAAGCCGUCUUGCUCCGUGUUCAUCACUAUGAACCCCGGUUACGCUGGUCGUACAGAAUUGCCAGACAAUUUGAAGGCUCUGUUCCGCCCUGUGGCCAUGAUGGUACCCGAUUACGCUCUUAUUGCUGAAAUUUCAUUAUUUUCCUAUGGUUUUUCCGAGGCAAAAGCUUUGGCUGGAAAAAUAACGACAACGUUUAAAUUGAGCUCCGAACAAUUAAGCACACAGGAUCAUUACGACUUCGGUAUGCGAGCAGUGAAGACGGUCAUAGCAGUUGCAGGGAAUUUAAAAAGGGAACAGAAAGAUUUAAACGAGCAACAGAUCUGUUUACGAGCUCUGCGAGACGUAAACGUUCCGAAGUUCCUCAAAGACGAUUUAACAUUGUUCAACGGCAUCGUCUCAGACCUCUUUCCGCGUCUGGAGGAGAAGAAAGUAGACUACGGGAUCCUAGAGGCGGAGAUACGAGCAACGAUCGUUAGGAUGGGCUUGGAGGAAAUCGAUGAGUUCGUGAGGAAAGUCAUCCAGCUGUACGAAACGACGGUGGUGCGACACGGAUUAAUGCUCGUUGGUCCAACUGGGUCGGCGAAGACGAAGUGCUAUCAAGUGCUGAAAGAAGCCUCGACGAAAUUGAAAGGUAAGCUACAGCCCAGCGGAAGGCCGUUCACGCCCGUGAUCACGCACGUGUUAAAUCCAAAAUCGAUUACUAUGGGGCAGCUGUACGGGGAAUACGAUCUGAAUACGCGAGAAUGGACCGAUGGCAUUUUCUCAACCCUGCUGAGGGCUGGAAUAGCCAUGGACGAUGACAACAAGCGCUGGUACGUGUUCGAUGGUCCAGUCGACGCUCUUUGGAUCGAAAACAUGAACACGGUGCUGGACGACAACAAAAAGCUCUGUCUGACCUCUGGGGAGAUAAUGAAAAUUCUACCAACGAUGACGAUGAUGUUCGAAGUCGCUGAUCUGAGGGUGGCCUCGCCAGCCACUGUGUCAAGAUGCGGGAUGGUGUACUUGGAACCGGAGGGUCUGGGCCUCGAACCGAUUAUUAAUUGCUGGCUGAAAUCACUGCCACGAAACAUGGCUGAUUACGUGGACAGAAUCGCUGAACUGACGAGUCACUAUCUACUUCCUGGUUUGAAGAUUCUGCGCAGCAACUUGAGAGAAAUUGUGGGCACCGUGGAUUCUGGAAUUGUCCAGUCUUACAUAAAUUUGAUGAACUUCCGUAUCGGGCCGAUGGCUGGUCGCGAUGGGAAACCACCCCCAGCAGCUCCUUUUCAAAAUCUUAUUCCCGAUUUGCUCUCGCCCUGGGCAGCUUUCGCGGCCGUUUGGAGCGUGGGUGCAAGCAGCGACUACAACAGUCGUCGUAUGUUCAGCGAAUGGAUCAGAAACGUCCAGAAUAUUCAUCAACACGACCUGCCGUUUCCCGAGCAUGGCUUGGUGUUCGAUUACAGACUGCACGACGGUGGUUUCACCGAUAUGAUCGAUAGUCAGGAUCCCGUACCGCCCAGGUGGUACAAUUGGUUAGACGAUAUCUCGCCGAUCACGAUUACUCCAGAGACGAAGUACGCAGACAUCGAGGUACCUACAAUGGACAGUGUAAGAAGCGCGUCUUUGCUGGGUUAUUUGCUGAUCAACGACUCGAACGUGCUGUGCGUCGGACCCACCGGAAGCGGAAAGACUUUAACCGUAGCUGGGAAGCUCUCCCGGAACAUGCCUAAGAAAUUUAUUUGCGAUUUUAUCACGUUUUCCGCGCGAACUACUGCCAAUCAGACCCAGGAUUUGAUCGAUGAAAAGUUAACCAAGAGACGAAGAGACGUUUACGGGCCACCGCUCUUAAGGAAACAAGUUUUCUUCGUCGACGACUUGAACAUGCCUGCUCUCGAUACGUACGGUGCUCAGCCGCCUAUUGAGUUGAUUCGGCAGUUUAUGGAUUUUCAAGGUUGGUACGACUUGGAGGAGAUCGGGUCGUUCAGACGAAUCGAGGACGUAAAUUUUGUGGGCGCGAUGGGACCACCAGGAGGCGGUAGGAACCCAAUAACCGCCAGACUGUUGCGACAUUUCCAUUUCAUUGCGUUCCCGGAAAUGGAGGACGACGCCAAGAGACACAUCUUCGGCACAAUUUUGCACUCGUGGCUGUCCGUUACGAAGGGUUUUGGACACAUGCUGAAUACGUUCGUUGACACAACGCUGAAUGUGUUCACCACGAUAAGCAACGAAUUGCUGCCAACCCCUCAUAAGUCCCAUUACACUUUCAAUCUCCGUGAUCUCAGCAAAGUGUUUCAAGGGAUGCUCAUGAUGAACCCAACGAAGAUCGAGCAUCGUGAAAAGUUGCUGUUGCUUUGGUACCACGAGAAUCUGAGGGUGUUCAGCGACCGUUUGAUCAACGAUACCGAUCGUAAAUGGUUCGACGAUCUCCUGAGAAAUAUCAUCAAGGAUACCUUCGAGAGUGAUCCUGACAUAGUGAUCGGAGACGCAGUAUUAUUUUACGGCGAUUUUUGUGGAACGAGCAGGGAAUACGAGCAGAUAACCGACGGGAAAAAAAUGGAGAAAAUAUUGGACGAAUUCCUGGAAGAUUAUAACGCUACGACAACGUCCCCCAUGAAUCUCGUGCUUUUCCAGGAUGCAAUAGAUCAUAUCUGCAGGAUCAAUCGAGUCCUGCGACAGCCACGUGGAAACGCCCUCCUUUUGGGGAUGGGGGGAUCAGGUCGACAAAGUUUAACGAGGCUCGCUACACACAUGCAAGACUACAACUGCUUUCAAAUAGAGCUCAGCGGAACUUACACCUCAAACGAUUGGCGCGACGACAUUAAGAACACGUUGAUGAAGGCUGGAGUGCAAAAUCAACUUAUGGUCUUUUUAUUCUCAGACACGCAGAUAAAAGACGACUCGAUGCUGGAGGAUUUGAACAGUAUUUUAAAUAACGGCGACGUACCGAACAUAUACAAGGUGGAUGAGAUGGAGAAAAUAUUUCAUUCCAUGCGGGGCGCCGUGCAAGAAGCUGGCCUACAGAUCAAUAGGAGCAAUCUUUUCUCCGCCUACGUGAAGACGGUCAGAAAUAAUUUGCAUGUCGUCAUCACUAUGAGCCCCAUCGGAGAACUUUUCCGUUCUCGCAUCCGACAGUUUCCAGCAUUGGUGAACUGCUGCACAAUCGAUUGGUUUUGUCCCUGGCCAGAAGCAGCGCUUCAGAGCGUCGCAAUGGGAUUCCUGUCCGACAUCAAAGACGACUCCAUCACCGAGGGUAUCCUGCGAUCGAUCGUGAGAAUGUGCCAGUACAUGCAUUCCAGUGUGAUAGACGCCAGCGAUCUUUAUCUAAAGGAAUUGGAUCGCCACAACUACGUUACUCCUACAUCCUACCUGGAACUACUUUCCGGUUAUGGGGAUCUCUUAAGGAAGAAGAAAAACGAGUUACAUUCAGCGGAGAGUCGACUGUCUACAGGUUUAGACAAACUUGCGAGCGCGGAAGUCGAGGUGAAGCAUAUGCAAGAAUUAUUGGCGAACAUGAAACCGCAGUUGGAGAAGGCAGCAGCUGCAACGGCCAAAAUGAUCGAAAGAAUCACCCACGACACUAUCGAGGCAGAGGAGACGAGAGCACAGGCGAAGGAGCAAGAGGACGUGGCUGCCAAGAUGAAAAUAGCGAAUCAAAAGAUAAGGGACGAAGCAGAGGCAGACUUGAGUCUGGCACGUCCGAUGUUGAUCGCUGCAGAGAAAAGCCUGAAAGCCCUCAAUAGGAACGACAUCACGGAAGUAAAAGCGAUGAGAAGGCCGCCAGUAGGCGUUCUCUUGGUCAUCGAAGCUAUUUGUAUCAUAAACAACGUGAAACCGCACAGGAUAGAAAGUGGCAAAUUCAGCACAGAAGUGAAAUUAGAUUAUUGGACCCCUGGCAGUCUGAUGCUCUCGGAUCCAGGUCACUUUUUAUACACGAUGGAGAAUUACGACAAAGAAAAUCUCACGGAAGAAAUGAUUAAUAAACUGAAGGUCUACAUUGAAAACCCAGACUUUCAGCCAGCGAAGAUCCAAUACGUCUCGAAAGCCUGUCACUCGUUGUGUUUGUGGGUGCACGCCAUGUACAACUACUACUUCGUGAACGAGAAAGUGAAACCGAAGAUGGAGGCGUUAGCCAAAGCCGAGGAGGCGCUCGAAGAAACGGAAAAAGCCCUAUUAGCCGCUGUAGAAAGGCUGCGACAAGUGGAGGAGGGUAUCGAGAAGUUGAGAAACCUCCUUCGUCUGGAAGAAGAGAGAAAAGCGGAACUGGAGAGGCAAAAGCAGCUUUGCGAAGAUAGAAUGGCAAGGGCUGUCAGACUGAUCGUCGGUCUGGCUGGGGAGCAAAAGCGUUGGAUGUCGACCGUGGCUGACAUAAAUACUUCCUUGAAAAAUGCUGUCGGUGAUAUCCUACUUGCUUCAGGUGCCAUAGCUUACCUGACACCCUUCACUGACAAGUAUCGAGUGACUCUCCUGUCGUCCUGGCAUCAACUGCUGCAGGACGUGCCGCAUACUCCAGGCAGCGAUCCUGUGUCGACCCUGGGCGAUCAGGUGGAAAUAAGAAAAUGGCAGAUCGAGGGUUUGCCUAGGGAUACGUUGUCCGUGGAAAACGCCGUUCUGGCGAUGCACUCUAACCGCUGGCCUCUUUUUAUCGAUCCCCAAGCGCAGGCGAACAAGUGGAUACGUUCACUGUAUAAGGACAAUGGGAUAUCUAUCGCCAAGAUGGCGGACAAGGACAUCUUGCGCGUUUUGGAGUCCUGCGUGCGAUUUGGAAGGGCCUGUCUCAUAGAGAACGUUGGCUUGGAACUCGAGGCUGGCUUGGAUCCCAUAUUGUUGCGAUCGUUGUUCGAGCAUGGUGGUCUGAUGUGCGUUAAAAUAGGAGAGAACAUUGUCCCCUACAACUCGGACUUCCGUUUGUUCCUUACCACCAGACUCUCGAAUCCUCACUAUACGCCGGAAGUGUCCGUGAAAAUACUGCUGGUGAACUUUGCGCUCACCACCACUGGCUUGGAGGAUCAGAUGCUGUCGUUGGUCGCAAUUCAAGAACGACCGGACCUCGAGCAAACGAGGAACGCUCUAAUCGUAUCCAACGCUGAAAUGAGAAGGGAAUUGCAGGAAAUAGAGGAUAGAAUACUUUAUAGAUUGUCGGUGUCGGAGGGCUCCGCUGUCGACGAUAUGGAUCUCAUUCUCACCCUGGAGGCGUCCAAAGUUAAAAGCGAGGAGAUCAAGGUGAAAAUGCAAGAGGCAGAGAUCAUUCAGGCGGACAUCGAAACAACCAGAUCGCUGUACAUACCCGUCGCGAUCAGAGGGCGAAUACUUUUCUUCUGUCUCUCUGAUCUACAGUACGUCGAUACGAUGUACCAAUACUCUUUGGAAUGGUUCGUCGAAAUCUUCAACAACAGCAUAAUCGCCACGGAAAAAAGCGCGGACAUCGCGAGCAGGGUCGCAGGUAUUAAUCGCAAGUUCAUGUUCUCCCUCUUCUCGAACGUUUGUCGCAGCCUGUUCGAGAAGCACAAGUUGCAUUUUGCGUUUCUUGUAUGCGCACGGAUACAAAUGAACGACGAGUCGAUCAACCUGAUGGAAUGGAGGCAUUUUUUGGCUGGCCCAGAACCAUUACACGACAGACCGAAUCCCUCCCCAGGAUGGAUUACCCCGCGAUGCUGGAAGGAGAUACAGGCGCUGGAGAGCCUUCCUAAGUUUGCCAACUUCGUAGAGUCCUUUCAGCGGUCGCUGACCGAGUUCAAAGCAGUCUUCGACGCUCAAGAGGCGCAUCUAGCCCCGUUCCCAGCGCCAUGGGACACCAAGCUAGACGACUUUCAGAAGAUGUUGAUCCUGAAAUGUCUUCGACCUGACAAAGUGACUAACGCGAUGCAGCUCUAUCUGUCCAAGCACUUGGGCCGAGAGUUCGUCGAGCCACAAACCACGGAAUUAUCCGCGGUUUAUAACGAAUCUUCACCAACCACACCGAUAGUUUUCAUCUUAUCCACCGGCACAGAUCCAGCCGCUGAACUGUACAAAUUCGCGGACAGGUUGAAAAUGGGCACGAAGCUUCACGCCAUAUCUCUGGGACAGGGCCAAGGACCCAGAGCCGAAGCCAUGUUGAAAAUGUCAGCCGAACAGGGAUUUUGGUGUUUCUUUCAGAAUUGUCACUUGGCGCCAAGUUGGAUGCCAGAACUAGAUACACUAGUCGAAGUUUUGUCGAGAGGGAAAAGUCAUCGCGAUUUCCGCUUAUGGUUGACCUCGGCACCAUCGCCGGAUUUCCCUGUCAGCAUACUUCAAAACAGCACUAAAAUGACAAUCGAACCCCCUCGAGGCAUAAAGGCAAACAUGUUUCGAGCAUACCUGACGCAAGUGAUCGAAAUGCAAAGCUUCCUCGAGUCCGACCAUGAGAAAACCCCGCAAUUCAAAUGGCUGGUGUUUUCCCUAAGUUUGUUCCACUCUGUUCUCCUCGAAAGGAGAAAAUUCGGGCCUUUGGGUUUUAAUAUCCCGUACGAGUUCACAGACGGCGACUUGACCAUAUGCAUAUCGCAACUUCACAUGUUUCUUUUGGAAUACGAGACUGUGCCAUUUAAAGUGCUGAUAUACACGGCUGGUCACAUCAAUUAUGGCGGACGAAUAACUGAUGACUGGGAUCGCCGAUGCGUUUUGACCAUCCUCGAGGACUUCUACAAACCGGAAAUCCUCUCCGAAUCCUACACAUUCGACGAAGAGGGACACUACUAUCAAUUAGCAAGCACGGCAACGUUCGACGAGUACAUCGCCCUUAUAAAAACAUUCCCUUUGAACGACGACCCUUCGAUGUUCGGGAUGCAUCCGAACGCUGACAUAAGUUGCGCACAGGCAGAGACUUAUGCUUGUCUCGAUACUCUUCUUGCUCUUCAACCACGUGAAGUCGGAAUUGCAGCAGCGAGUACCGAAGAAGUCACUACUCAAUUGGCCCAGGACAUGUUAGCGGAGAUACCACUAACAUUCAACUUAGCUGCUAUGCAAGCAAGGUACCCUGUCUUGUAUGAAGAGUCAUUUAACACUGUGCUGCUACAAGAAGCCAUACGUUAUAAUGGCUUGCUGGAAGUGGUAAAGACAACAUUGGUGGACCUCUUGAAAGCCUUGAAGGGGCUGGUCGUAAUGUCCCAGCAACUGGAAACUGUGGCGAAUAGCUUGUACAACAAUAGAAUUCCAAAAGUUUGGCAGGAUAAGGGUUACCCUUCCCUGAAACCUCUCGGUGCUUGGUUCUUUGACUUGAAGGAUCGAAUCGCAUUUUUAAGGUCUUGGGAAGCUCGCGGUAUACCCGCGGCUUUCUGGAUUUCCGGUUUCUACUUUCCACAAGCUUUUUUAACCGGAACAUUGCAGAACUUCGCACGAAAUCAUGUUAUUUCCAUCGACACUAUUGAUUUCAGUUUCCAGGUAUUAAGUGCAAUGCCCCAACACAGGCCAAAAGAUGGAUGUGUUGUUUACGGUUUGUUCCUAGAAGGAUGUCGAUGGGAUAAACAUUACUUGAACGAGUCCCUUCCGAAGGAGUUGUACACUAACAUGCCUCCGAUUUUACUUCUACCGGAAGUCCACCAUCGAACGCCCGUAGGAAUUUACUCUUGUCCUGUUUACAAAACUAUUAAUAGGGCAGGAACAUUAAGUACAACCGGACACUCUACAAAUUUCGUUUUGGCGAUGGAAAUUCCUAGCAGGAAACCUCAAGCUCAUUGGAUCAAAAGAGGCGUUGCCAUGUUUUGUGCUUUGGAUUAUUAAGACCUUCUAGAUAUUAUUUCUUUUACUUGUCACACAUUUGAAAUAAAAUUAAACCACUCGUUACGGUAAUGGUAUCUAUUAUAAAGCUACGAUCGACUUCCACUAUUGUUUCCAAGAAGUGGAGUGAAAAUUAUUCUAUUCUUGAGAUUAAUAGAUAUACACAGACACCGAUAGAAGUAUUAAUAUUAAACACAUAUUUAAGAGAAUUGCACUUUAAUAAA